AUGGAGACAGCAACCACACUCUCCGCCCUGAAGGGCGAAAAGCUGAAGGACACGCCUCAAUGGAGGACGUGGUUUGCUCGCAUCAAACUGUAUGCGAAGCAAAAGAAGGUCUGGGACCUCUGUAACCCAGAUACCAAUAUCGACGAUCUUCCGGACCCGCUCGAGGAGCCAGAGGAACCCGAAUACCCUGACGAAGGAGAUUCCAACGACAAGAAGGAAUGGAGAGACCUGAUGGACAUCUAUAAGAUCAGGUACAACAAGUGGGAGAAGCAGGCGAAGGGCCUAGAUGACGUGAAUGAGUAUAUCAUUACGUAUCUGGAUGCUAUCCACCACCUCUCUCUGCUUGAUUUUGAGACUCCGUAUGAGCGUCUGGUCUAUCUCCAGGGUCGGUUUGCUCGGUCGUCAUCCUAUAGGGAGGAAGUCCGUAUGAAAUGGAAGACAUUCGCGUCGCAAAAGCCACCGAAAGGAGCGGAUGUCGAAGCAUGGCUAACGACAUAG